CUUCCCCUUGAUUUGCCUCCAACUUCCUCCAAUUUAUUCGUUGUUUCUGCUUUUUACUUUAUCACUCGAGUUUCUGGAAAGCUCUCUUUUGCAUUUUGUGUUUUGUGUCUCGUGAAAAGAGGGGAUUUGUUGUCUUCUUUCUGUUUGCUCGCUUGACAGCUCCCACUCCACUCCACUUAACAUCACAUCACAUCCAUUCACACACCUCUCUUUCUCUCCUACAUCUGCAGUCUCUCUGCAGACUUGAGAAACAAUGCCUAACCAUGUUGUCCUGGCGUCAGGUGCCGUAGUCGCCGUUUCGGUCGCUAUCGCCACCACUAUUGCCAUUCUCGAGUCGCCAGAAGUGCGACGAUACGCCGACGAUGUUCGCCGGAGGAUAGCUUUCGCCCUCCACUCUAUGGGCGAAGGCAUCGAACCUCCCCACCGUGAGCCCAGGUUUAAUAGACCUGAGGAUGCCGAUGGCUUCUUUGAGUCCCGCCGUGGUGCUGGUGCCGAAGCUGGUGUUGACGCUGAUGAAGAAACUCGCCGACGACAACGUGAGGAGCUGCUUUAUUGGAACUCGGUCAUGUUAGAGAAGCAAGAGAAGGAACAAAAGGGCAAGGAAAGUGACGAGAAAAACCCUGCGACCAUGGAUUCGUCACGACGAGGCUCUUCAUUUGAUGACUUCCUUCGUCAGGAUGAGGGUGCUGAACGAGGCGCUUAUGUCUUUAACACUGGAGCUGAUACCCGCGCAAUGGAUGACGGUCUGCGACGUCGUGGCGACGGUUCUCGCGGCUUCUCUUCUCUCUACACCAACCCUUUUGCCGACGAACACAACAUUGAUCAAGACGAACUGAACGACGAUAUUGAGCAAAGCCGCCAUCUUUCUCCCGCCCAAGACGAAAUUUCCGACAUCUACAGCGCCACUACCCAGGACCGAGAUGAGAAGCCCGCUGCUCUCAUCGACACUGACCCCACCCCCGCCCUUUCUGAGACAGCUUCUUCCGCCACCCUUGAGCGUGAAAUCGGUGUCGACGAGUACAUGACCGCCGGACAAGAGGACCGCGACGAAGCUUAUUCCUCAAUUCAGGCCUGGGCGCAAAACACCAGCCCCGAGUUUUACUCUCCUCUUCCCGUUACCCCUAGCGCCCCCAUGUCCGAGCCUGAAAUCAUCAGCGACGAUGGCAUGGCGACACCCACCGACUCUGUAUCUCUCGUCGGUUCCGGAGAUGAUAUUGCUAACGAUGCGCAAUCGUCUCGCGAGGGUGAGACUGGUCGCUACUUCGAUGUCAUGAGCGAGAGCUCUGGCAUGGCUACACCCGCUAGCUGGUCUGAGGUCGGCAGCGUCAUCAGCGAGAGCGACGCCCACAUUCCUGUGCACCAAUAAACUCUGUCGUGUGGGAGUUGUAAAAUUACCAAGUCGGAAUAUAGGUAGGAAAGCCAGUGUAGGAGCAAGAUUUUGUUUUGAGAGUUAUAUAACAGACGUAUACAGACGUUUAGGGUCUGAAUUCUUGGGUUUUCUUUUUGUCUGGAGUUGGAGUUCAGGUUGCGGUAGCAAACUUAUAUCCUUAGCACCUGGCUAAUCUCGUUUCUUUAACAAAAUCUAUCGACUUAUCUAACUCUG